UAAUCCCAUAACACUACAGCAUCUUCUUCUCAUUGUUUUCAGUUUGGGCGGGAUGGAAAUCAGAUAAUUAAAGAAAGAAAGCAGAAGAUCCGUCUUGGAAAGUUCAUUUCUUAUUCUAAGUAAAUUACUCCGUUUUCUCGGUAACCAAACAGAGGUAUUUAUGUAACAAAGAAAAGCACUUGCUUAUUAGCUGUGGAAAUUGAGAGAGCAACAACUGGUUUCAGGGAUGAGGGCUGCUUCAGAAUCAACAGAGUGGAUAUUUUUAGCUACUAACCUUGGCCUAGAGAUCUUGUCAGCUGCUUGUGAUCAGGCUUCCUCCCCAAGAAGACCCCACUAUGCACUAUUUGGUAUGCUGUUGGCUAUUGCAGCUGUGCUCAUUUCCAUAUGGGAGCUAAUUUACAGAGGUAAAAAGGCAAGAGUUGUGUUGAAGAGAUGGGGAAUGCUCUGGUGGUUUUAUCAUCCACCACCUCCUCGACAUACCCCUUUUGGUACUCUUCCUGACAUUUAUGGACUAGUUGCUGGCAUCGCACAGUGCAUUUGCUCUAUAGUUCAGUAUGUUUACUACCUUCGGCAUGCUAAUACUCCUUUCAAAGCAUCCCUUUUGCCUGCCAUAUUUCUUAUGUGUUUAGGUGGUUCAAAACUAUGUAAUAACCGAAUGAACGUGAAUACCACUGAUAACAAGGACUCGUGGGAAAAUUCUUCAAGCACGGCAGAAACUUCACGGCAUGCAAUCACGGCAGAUAUACCAUUUCUUUAUGAUCAGGAGGUAGAGGUUGAGGGAAACAUAGAGCAGCAGUGGCUGCAGGAGCAGCGACGGCAGCCGCAGCAGCAGCAGCAGCUGCUGGAGCUGUGGCUGCAGGAGCAGCAUGAGCAGUAUGAGCAGUAUGAGCAGCAGAAGCAGCGGCGGCGGCAGGAGCUGCAGCGGCUGCAGGAGCAGCAGGAGCAGCUGCAGGAGUUGCAGCGGCUGCUGGAGCUGGAGCAGGAGCAGGAGGAGCAAAAGUUCCUGCGACAGCGGCGGGCAGUGAAGGCGGAUUGACGAAGGUGGACAUGUGGCAUGUGUUGGUAAAAAUAAAGAGAUAAUUGCUAUAUUUACAGAAUUUCGAAAAUAAAACUUCAAUAUAAAUUCGAAAUAAAUACAAGAAAAUAACGACAAGGUAAAUGUUAAGAAUACUUUACAGAUGAUCGAGUCUAGAACUUGGUUCUAUCUCCUUAAGACGAAAUUGCCUCCUCACAAGUGCUUUUAGGAUUUGUUUGGCAAACGUCUCCCAGGAUACAACAAUCGACUUCUUGUUGAAGUAGCACUACAAUCCCCAAGAAAAGAGAACUCAAACUUGUGUAUGAAUGCUCUCUUACUAAAUCACUAUAUUUCUAAAAAUAUAAUGCUAUGAAUGCUCUA